AUGGCUUCAAUGCGCUACAGUGAAGUGCCCACUGAAGACAUUCGCCAAGGUGAAUGGCUGAUUCACAUCAAACAGGGCCUUCAAGACCACCAAUCCAUCGCCCGCCCUUCAACCGUCACUAUAUUCAACGUCCCAAAAAUCCUGGUCGACCUGAAACGCGAUUCUUACCUCCCACGGGUGGUCUCCAUCGGUCGUUGUUACCAUCAAGCCACAGAUCUCUACGGCAUGGACGCCCACAAGCUCAGGGCUGCUCAGAGAAUGAUCAAACGCCUACCCGGAAAAACAGACAUUAAUUCCGUGCUCUCAGAGAUUGAGAAAAUGGAUGGCCAAAUCAGAGACAGAUACGAGAAAAUCAUCAACUGCAAUUCUGAAACGCUGGCGUGGAUGAUGCUUUUGGACGGUUCCUUUCUGCUGGAGCUGCUCAGGACUCUCGCAGGCAAAGAUCAAAACGAUUCUUCUGACGGUAUGUAUUUCGAACCUCUUUUCGACGAGAGUCGAAUUAAAUCGAUGGGAUUUGCAGCUCUGGGAGACAUCGUGAAGCUGGAAAAUCAGAUUCCCCUGCUCGUCCUGGACAAGAUUUUACAACUGGAGAGCGGAUCUGAAAAAGAAGCACAGACCAAGCUGUUCGAAUUUCUCUUAAAUGCCGCUUCUUCGUUUUUUCCUUUCAAAUACCUGCAGCUCUCACGAAUUGAAAUCGAUUCCCCCUUCCUCUGUCGGGAACAUUUUUUGGGUUUCUUGCACGGUGUAACCCUCUCUUUCUUUGCCGGGACAGAAUCCGCUUCUCCUACUUCUUCUUCUUCUUCUUCGUCUUCUUCAACAGUAGAAAGGCAAUUUAAUUACGCUAUCCCUUCCAUUUCAAGACUAAGCAAGGCCGGAAUUUGCAUCCGCCCGUACACUGAAGAUGGCGGCAUGGCCCUCAGAUUUGACAAGGAAACCUCUGUUCUCUACCUUCCAGUCUUAACGAUAUCGGAAAACACUGAAACUGUUCUGAGAAACCUCAUGGCUAUGGAAGCAUUUCUGCCCUCGGAAUUGCAGGUCGUCUCUUGCUAUGUUGGUUUAAUGAAUAGUCUGAUUUUCACAGAUAAUGAUGUGAGACAACUGAGAAUGGCGGGGAUUCUUUACUUCUAUGUGGGAAGUGACGCUCAGGUGGCUCAGUUGUGGGACAGUCUGUGCAAGGGCAUGGCCAUUUCUUCUCUCCAGUCGCUCAAGACACUGAAGAGGGAGAUAACAAGUGAUUACAGGAGCAAAUGGAGGGCUAAAUUGGUUGAUUUCUUCAUCACCCGUUUUACAAGGCCCUGGCGCACCGCCAUAUCUGUGCUGGCUGCAACAUUAAUUCUGCUAUUUACAUUUGCGCAGACGUUUUCCUCCAUGUAUGGGUUCCAUAAGGCCAACUAG